UCCAUUUAGUAGUGGCAAAGCUUUAUCCAACCCAAAUUUUCUUCUCAACAGGUCGCAACCGCCAUAGCCACAUAAACUCGACAUCCAUUUAUACACCAAACGUGACUAUAUAUUCUUCAUUAUCCUGCAUCAUCUUCCACCACUUUUCCAAUACAUUUCGAUCAUCAUCCCUUAUUUCAGAUUUUAAAAACCUGCAACCAUGUUAGAAGGAAAAGCUGUGAUCGGGGAGACUGAUAUGCUUCAAACCAUGCAAGAAGACGCACUUCAACUCGCAGCUAAAGCACUCGACUUCUUUGAUGUAACUGAAGCCACUGAUAUAGCCCGAGUGAUUAAACAGGAAUUCGACGCGAUGUAUGGCGGUGGUUGGCAGUGUAUCGUAGGGACUGAUUUUGGAUCGUUUGUGACUCAUUGUUAUGGUUCUUUCAUUCAUUUUUCUAUUGGGAGUCUUUCGAUUUUGCUGUUUAGAGGAUCAGCAGCACCAGAGAUCGAUAACUUUUCGACAUUGGAGAGUGUAAAAGCAUGAUCAUUUUUUCACCAUUUUUUUUACUGCGUUGUAGUGUUCUUUUCUUGUAACGAAUUCGUUUUCAAAGUAGAAAUCAAGAAUGAAAGAGAACA